GUGGGUCCAGAGUGGAUGACACGAGCUCCAUCCCCGUGCCCAUCUCGGUGCCCGGUGUCCGGUGCCCGCCUCACACCGGCUCUGUCCCCUCCCCAGGCUUUCCCCGGUGCAGGACAACCCCCCCCGGUCGGGCCCUACCCCGGGGGUCCCUACGGCGGGGGGCCACCCCCGGGACCCUACGGGCAACCUCCACCGGGGGGUCCCUACGGCGGGGGGCCACCCCCGGGACCCUACGGGCAACCCCCGCCCGGCGGUCCCUACGGCGGCCCCCAGCCCGGACCCUACGGCGGGGCGGCCCCGGGAGGGAAUGCCCCCCCAGGGGUGGAUCCCGAGGCGUUCUCCUGGUUCCAGACGGUGGAUACGGAUCACAGCGGGUUCAUCUCCGUCAAGGAGCUGAAGCAGGCGCUGGUCAACAACAACUGGUCCUCGUUCAACGAUGACACCUGUCUGCUCAUGAUCAACAUGUUUGACAAGACGCGCUCGGGGCGCAUCGACGUCUACGGCUUCUCCGCCCUGCUCCGCUUCAUCCAGCAGUGGAGGAGCCUCUUCCAGCAGUAUGACAGGGACCAGUCGGGCUCCAUCAGCUUCAGCGAGCUCCAGCAAGCUUUCUCCCAGAUGGGUUACAACCUGAGCCCCCAGUUCAGCCAGCUGCUGCUGGCCAGGUACUCCCAGCGCUCCUCCAAUCCCAGCAUCCAGCUGGACCGGUUCAUCCACAUCUGCAUGCAGCUGCAGAGCCUCACCGACGCCUUCCGCGAGAAGGACACGGCUCUGCAGGGCAGCGUCCGCCUCAGCUACGAGGAUUUCCUGGCCAUGGUGGUGACCAGGAUGCUGUGAAUUCAUCCUGGAUCCUCUGCGAUGAGGCUGAGCCUCCUCUCCACCCCAAGAGUUCCCCCUCCUUCCACCUCGAGGCCAAAUUUCCAGCUUGAUCCACGCCAAAUCCUGUUGGGUUGGAUUUUUUGUGUCCAUCCUGCAAAUUGAGAUCCCAAAUUUCAGCUUCAUCCCGAGGAGCCUGCAGAGAACAGCCCCGGUUCGGGGAGGAAAAGCUGAGCCUUGGGUUUGGAAGCAGCAGGAAAAGGGAAAAGUGAGGCCAGAGCUCCCUCCUUCCCUCCCUGAGCACAUCCCAGCCUGGGAAUGUUUUCCUGGGGGUCUCAUCCCUGGUUUUCCCCUCGUUGUUGCCAAUCCUGAAGCCAAAUCCAAAGUUUAGAGCUCGGUUUUUGCAGCUUUGGAAUAAAAGGUGUCGUGCUCUG